GGCUGACGUAAGGUCACGUGAUCGGGUGAAAGGUGGAGAAGGCGGAAGUGAACAGACUGCGGCUGUGGAUCAGAAAUAAACAAACGCUAACAUUAAGAGUUUUCUAGUUUAAUAUUCACGGACACAGACAUGGACGAAACACUGUUCCAGUUAAAGUUCACAUCGAAGCAGCUGGAGAGACUGGCGAAGAAAGCCGAGAAGGACUCGAAGGCCGAGCAGGCCAAAGUUAAAAAGGCUCUCCAGCAGAAGAACGUGGACUGUGCACGUGUGUAUGCUGAGAACGCCAUCCGUAAGAAGAAUGAGGGUGUGAACUGGCUGCGUAUGGCGUCACGUGUCGAUGCCGUGGCCUCUAAAGUCCAAACUGCUGUCACCAUGAAGGGGGUGACUAAGAACAUGACCCAGGUGACCAAGGCUCUGGAUAAAGCUCUGAACUCCAUGGACCUGCAGAAGGUAUCGGCCGUCAUGGACAAGUUUGAGAGCCAGGUCCAGAAUCUGGAUGUACACACUUCAGUGAUGGAGGACUCGAUGAGCUCAGCCACCACGCUGACGACGCCGCAGCAGCAGGUGGAUGAUCUGAUCGUGCAGAUUGCGGAGGAGAGCGGGCUGGAGGUGAUGGAUCAGCUCAGCCAGCUUCCUGCAGGAGCCUCCGCCCUCGGAGAGAGUUCAGUCAGAUCACAGGACAAAGAGGACCAGCUGUCCCGCAGGCUGGCGGCUCUGAGGAACUGAUCUUCAUCACCGGCCCGUUCCUGAAGAGCUGGAGAGCAAAACUGCUGAGGAAGGAGUGAUGAAGGAGUGAUGAAGGAGUGAUGAUGAUGGAGUGAUGAAGGAGUGAUGAAGGAGUGAUGAUGAAGAGCACUCACUGAGCGACUCCAGUUCUUAUUCUGAACUUGACAGGCCAUCGAUUAAUUUUUAUUUUAUCCCUACUGCAAGAUCUAAUAAUACACAUAGACACCUCUCUCACACACACACACACACACACACACACACACAAUGUACAUAUUACACACACUCCUGAAAACAGUCUCCCGUUGUUUACACACACACUCUGAGUGAAAUGAACGUCAGGACUCUCUUUCUGUGUGUGUGUCUGGGUUUGUUUUUUUUUUUUUCUGGAAAUGCACUUCCUGUAACACAGGAAGUUCUCUUUCUCUCUCUCUCUCUCACACACACACACACACACACACACACACACACGUUCUGGCUGUAAAUUAUGCACACUGAUUAGUUUUUAUAAAUUUCAUUCUAUCCAGGAGAGGAGUGUAACAGGAAGUAGCUGCACAUUAUUAUUAUUAUUAUUAUUAUUAUUAUUAUUAUUUUUAAUUGACGUUGUGAAUACCGUAACACUAAUGAAGCGAUUUGGGAUGCAGUUGCUAAGCUCCGCCCCUUUCCACCCACCCAUACACACACACACACACACACACACACACACACACACACACACAUGCUGGAUUGUAUUAGCAUUGUGGCUAAAGCUCUUAGUGUUGUUCAGCCUUACUGCGCCGCACACACUCUUCCUCUUCCUCCUCAUUUAUUUUCCUCUUCCUCCUCAUUUAUUUUCCUCUUCCUCCUCAGUGCCUGAAUCAGCCGUUAGCGUGCGUAAAGCCCACGCAGCACCGCGGCAUUGUGGGUAUGGAGACCUGUCAUCAGCACAGCUCUCUCUCUCUCUCUCUCUCUCUCUCUCUCUCUCGCUGUGUCUGUAGGUGUUUUUAUUCGUUUGUUCUGAAGGUUAUUUAUAACGCCGCCGCUUUUCUCUUUUGGUUUUGUACAGUUACUAUGUGGGAAUAAAAUGUCUCUGAUAACG